UCGUGCAUUACGGUUUAAAUAUGGCAGCCCCCAUGUCAAUUGAAAUGUAAUGCAUGCACGCAAUUGAAUUACACGCGCAUUACCAUAUGAUAUAGGCCUACAAGAUUUCACAUCGUUGUCGUUGAAGUUAGAUGAGAUCGACAGUAGUUAGGAUAAUGAAGUUACUUACACAUAAUAUGCUGACUUCUCAUGUCAAAGGAGUGAAAAAUGGAUACCCUUUAAAAAUAGAGCCUGAAAAUACAAGGACGCUGGAAGUUGAAUUUAACCCAGACUUCAUCGCUAGAAUGAUUCCAAGAAUAGACUGGACUGCCCUUUAUGAUACAGCAUGCAGCCUCAAUGUGAAUGGUAACCUACCUCCUCAACUGAUAGAAAACUAUGAGAGUGAUGAAGAAUUCUUGAAAGAAGCUCAUAGAGUGUUGCUAGAGGUUGAAAUAGUAGAGGGUAAUCUUGUUUGUCCAGAGUCUGGAAGAAAGUUUCCUAUCAAGAAUGGGAUCGCCAAUAUGCUUCUCAAUGAAGAUGAAGUAUGACAAGAACCAGGAUAAUUCAGUCAUGUAUUUUUGGUAAUUGUCUUUACUUGCAGAACAGCGAUACUCAACUGUACAGAGAGCAUUGAAAGUACCUUUGCGCAGUCGUCAGGAGCUCUCUACAUAUUUAUUCAGAACAGCAGGUAAAGAACCGUUAACAGAACUUAGUGGCUGAUUUUUUAUGUAAAAGGCACACACCCCAUCAACUCAUCCCACUAUGCUCCACUGUAAGUUAAGGCUUGCACAGGAGAUUGGAUCAUUUUAUCUACAGUGUUGUGAUGGGUGUUUGUGCUGCCACAACACCGUAUUUGAAAUGAGGAUGGUGUCUUGUAAUGGACUACAGAAAAUAUUGCACAUUUCUGACAGCUUGUGUUGGGUGCCGAUGUUGAACGCCAUCUGCAGAACUGGACAUCGCAUCUUGUGUUAGACGUAUGAUCCAUUUGUACUUUUCCCAUAUAUCAAUGCCCAAUUCCUGGGGAUGUAGAAAAUUGUGGUAUUGAGUGUAAUGCUAAAUGAAAACCUGGCUAUUCUGAGCUGUCAGACACAAAGGUGUGCAUUCAAUUGCCUGGUGAUAACGGCCAAUCAAGACCAUUGUUGCAUGUGCAUUGGCUCCAAACACAGGGCAGGAACCAAUCAUACUUGUUCUUCGAUAUAAGCACUCCACUGCAAACCUUUAUAAUUAUUUUUAUUAAAUUGGUUCAGCCAUAUUAUAAGGAAAUUCUCUCCUUGGCUGCUUCCCUCUUAAUGCUUUUGUUUUUUUCUUGUAAACUUAUAUGUCUUUGACGCUAUGUAUUCUUUGUUCCUCAUGUAUUUAAUUGUAUUCUGUUCAUUUAAAUACAGAGAGAAAAAUAAGCUUGAAAGAAUUAAUUAAAUCAUAAUACAGAACCCUAAACUCCUGGGCUUAUAAAUUUAUAUUUUUGUGUCAGGCUAGUACACAAGUAGUCUUGUCAUUAGGUUUCACAAUGACAUACUACCUUCAAAUUGUUAUAUGUGAUAUAAUAUGUGAAAGUGAGAUCAAAUGGUUGAUUGUCAUGGAACAAGGAGACUGUAAAAUUGUAAUUAAAAUGUCAUAUUUCAUAGUACCGGUACUCUGGCUUAUCAAUCUAAUGAUAAUCAAUAUGAAUAUGGGCAAAUUAGCUUUUCCGAACAGUUACAAACAAAUUUACACUCCACUGUAUUAUGAAUAGCAUCCCCCCAAAA